AGGGCGCUGCAUUUAUUUGUAAAACUUAUCUGGGACUCUUGACAGAUUUUUUGCAAUAAAAUGUGGAUUUUUAGAGUUUUUAUUUUACAGUUAAGUUAAAUAUUUAACUGUAAAACACGAAAUUAAGUACUGUAAACAUAAAAUUUAAUGUUUAUGACUUUAUGUUUUACAAAAUUUGAAAAACUCCGCUAAUAAUAAUGUUCUUUUAAAGCUGUUUUAUUUAGUAAUACCCAGAGAGUUCAAGAGUAGUGAUUUAUAUAUAUAUAUUUAGCGUUUUGAAUAUCAAGAUUGAUUUUUAAAUAAAAAAAAUUUCUGUUAUUCUGGCUAUAUUAUAAUCCUGGUUACUAUAGGAAUUGCCAUCAAAAAUACCCUUAAAUUAUUUAUAGAUCAAAAUAACGGAUAUUCCUAUUACUAUAUAUGAAAGAACCAAAUAAGUCUAGCUGUAAAUCAGUAUUUGCUAUAUAGACCUUUAGCAACUUGUCAUUUGAAAUGUAUUGGACUAUAUUUUGUAGUAAUAUUACAAAGACAUUAAAAUGUAAGACUAGUAUUUAGUCAUCAAUGUAAAUCUUAUCAGAAGUUCACACAAGGGUAACUAUUGAACAUUUUUUCCAUCCGUACUCGAACUCGUGGCUUUCAAGAUCAGUUGCUGGGAAUUUCACCUAUUCAGAACAUGAUUAUUCUCUGUCUUGGAUGCUUCUUUUAUUAUAAGAAUUUACUUUGAUAUAGUGGAAUUUUUACUUUGAUAGUGGUAAUGAUGGAAGACACUAAGUACCUUCUAUUAGUUACCGGUAGUUAGGACAAAGUACAUGUAUAUUGUGAUCCAUUCAAUGUAUCAUAAUACUUUGUCUAUACGGUUUCAUUUAUUUGCAAUAAAUUGCUAAAACAUUAGAUUCUAUUGAAAAUCAUAAGGGAAAAAGCAGACCAACUGGAAUUCAUUGAUUGGGAAUGAUGUCUCCUAAAUUUAAACAUAUCAAUGCUAUUUGAUUAGGAGAAUACCAAAUUAAGAAAUAUAUACUAGUACUUGUAUUUGAGAGAGAGAAAGAGAGAACAGCUCACCAAUAAUUAUGAUAAAAUAAUGUUAUGAUUUAUAAAAUCUAAACAAUGGAGGUUGGCUGGAACAUGUUCAGUUCCUUUCCAAAAGAUAAUAUUUUGUCUUUGUACAUGUAUAUAGUGUUUAAGGAGCAUGGUCACAAAUUCAGCUGAAAAUUUUCAAGUUCAUUUUUUAAUGUUUGAAAAUUCGUCUCUGAGGUAUCUUAAAUGGUCUGCCAGAAUUUGAAUGUCAGCUGUCUAGUAAUAUAUGAAAAAUAAAAAGCAACCUUACUAUUCUUUGUUAAUACAUGUAAACUAUGUCAUGUUUUUUGUCUUAUUUUACCGGCAGAUGUUUUCUUUUUGCGUUCAGUGUACAAAUAAAAACAUGAAUGGAUCUUUGUUUGCGUGACCUUAAACAGGUAGCUGUGAGCUCAUAAUUCGAUUUCUGACACUCAAGUUGUUCUGGAAUAUAAUCAUGCAUGCUUCGUUAAGAUUUUUUAUACUCAUUAUAAACAAAAAAAAAAGAUCAAUUAAACUUUAUUUGUUAUCAUUGAUUCAUUUUUUUGUCUUCAGCUCAAAUCGUGACCACACCUCUUUAAAUAAUUAUAAAUUGUUUAGUGUGAAGUGACAUUAAUAAUAAUAAGACAAUAUUAAUGUUUUAAUUCUCCGCUGGGAUCUAUAUUAUAACUAUUGGUAUUUUACUAUAAUGUUGAUACAGAAGAAGGAAAAUGUUUAAAAAAAGUUUUUUUAAUGUUCCACCCUCUUAUUAACAUUUUUAUUGAUAACUUAUGACUCUUAUGUAUUAGAAAAGUUAAAUGAAUUUGUCUUACAGAAUUAACAUUUAUUUGUAAAUCAUCAAAAUAUCUUAUAUAUCUGAAACUGUUGCAUAAGGAAUGUAAUACACAUUUUGCAGUAAAUGUAUGCAUGUGAUAUUGUUUAAUUUGAUGGUUUGAUAGUAUAAAAAAUAUGCUUGUGAAUCAAUAGAAAUACACAGAAAGUUGAUACUUUGAUUGCCAGUAAUCUAAUAAUAUCAUUUUUAGAUUAAAAAUUAGAUAAGUGGGCACUAACCAUACGUUAGGUUAAUAGUUACACGUGUAUGUAAAAUGCUUUUAUUUUCACAUAUUUAUAAUUCUUUCAUGUAUUACAUUUAACAUAUUAUGUAUAAUGUAAACAGUUACUAUUAAUGAUAUGAACAAAUAAACAAUUGCUACGAUCAGAGAUCCCAAAAAUUGAGUUGGAAUAAAGAAACACAAUAAGUCACGUAUUAGGACAUAAUCAGUAUAAAAAAUGAUCCAGUUUUAUGAUUGACACACACCACAAAAAGUGGCAUAUUAUAAUUGACACAGGGAAUGAUUCAUAGAACCUAUCCUUGGGAGCGCGGGAGAUAAAUAGGUGUGUAACAUCGAAGUAAAAUCUAAUAAUAGAAUUUUAAAUUUCUAAACAAAAUACACUUAGUGUCUAGUAUAUUGAGGAAAGUAGAAGGAGGAGAUGGGUUCACUGAAUAUUUUUCUUUGGUGGGGUAUCGUCCUGUCGUCAAUUAUUGAUUCGAUAGAGCUGAGAAAAUUGAUUGAUAUAGAUAAGAUUAACUAUAAGUUUCCUUGUGGGUCAGUUCAAUGUGACGGUAUACGGCAGUACUGCAGUGAUGAACAGACUUGUUUGUUCUGUAAUGAGGCUGUCUGUCGGGCGAAAAACCGACCAGGACAAUGUACUUUACAAUGUGAAAAAGGAGAAAUAGAUGCUACAGAUUUGACCACCACUCCGAAUACUACUUAUGUAGAUUCAAUAAACUGUGAUACAUGGACAUGUACAUAUCGGUUGAAAUUCUGGGAGAUAUGUACUAUCGUGGUUGGAACUAUGAUAUUUGGCAUACUCGUGGGAAUGGUUCUGUUAAACGUAAAACGGAGACUAGCUUCCAAAGGAAAUAACGGUGAUUCUCUCUGUGUAAACCCUUUCAGGAUCUGUCGACGCAGGAAAAAGGAUAUCAAUGCAUUACUUAGGAAAUACCAUGCUACCGAGCAACACCCACCUGACAACAUUGUUUAAAAGUGUGAUUAUAUUGUUAGAAUUAAAUCGGAUGUGAUGUUCGAGUGAAACCAUGGUAUACUUGCACGAUAAAUGUUGAAGAAAAUGUCAAUAUGAAAAGGAUAAGUGAAUAAUAUUUGUUUGAUUUAAUUGCAUGCGUGUUGAUUUUAGUUGUAUUCUUGAUACUAUAUAAGUGUGUGUGUGUGUGUGUGUGUAUGUGUGUGUGUGUGUGUGUGUGUGAGAGAGAGAGAGAGAGAGAGAGAGAGAGAGAGAGGGGGUUUAAAGGUUUUAUUUUCAGUAGGUAAUAGACAUACCAUCAUUCUUACAUUAUGAAUUGAAGUAUAUUGUCUUUUUGACUUAUGUGUUCAAAUGCUAGUGAUAUGCCUUUUGAGAUAUCACUAAACAUGUAUCUUUUGAUAUUAAACAAAAUGUGUAGAAUAAACCAUGAUCUGUUUUUACUUGUGAUGAAAAUAUGAAAUGUUUAUAAUUUUGAUUAUUAUAUAAAUUACAGAGUAUUUUUCUUAAAGACAUUCCUCAGUAUCUGGACUUUGAUUAAUCACCACAGAAGGUCAGGUGACUUUGUGCAACAUUUUAUUUUUAAGCAGUUGUUUGUGCGAUGUUAUAUCUUUCUCAAGUAUUAUGUUCUUUUUAAUUUGAUUAAAAACGUGUAAAAACUUG